AUGAUGUUCUUUAAGAGACGAGGUAAUAACAAUGAGGAUAAUAAGGAUGAAGCAAAAAAAUAUAGCAAUAACAAAAAUGGAUAUACAAAUGAUGAAUCGGAGGGGAGAAGAAAUAAUGAGGAAAAAGAAGUUCAUUUAAAAAAGAGUGAAAAGAAUGAAAAAUAUUCCUAUAAUAAUGAUCGAAGUUGUAGCAAAAAUAGUAAUGCAUAUAAUUCUGGGCAAAAUAAUUUAUUGGAAAAAGAUGAAAAAGAUAAAAAUCGAAAUUCCCCUGACCGUUAUGGAAGAAAAUAUCGUAGUACCUCAGGAACAGACAAUGAAUCAUCUUUAACACAAAAUAAAUUUAAAAAUAGAGAUAAGUCAAAUGGCUCUAGUGUUAAUAGUUAUAAAAAUAGAAGAAGAAGGAAUUCAUCAUAUAGUAAUGAAGAAAAUUAUAAUAAUUCAAAAAUAAGAACAAACCAUUAUGAAUAUAAAUAUAUUAAAGAUAAUGAAAUGUAUAAAAGAAGGGGAGAAGAUAAAUUUAAAAAUAAAGAUAAUGAUAUGACAAACAUAAGAAAUUUAAGUAAUGAUAAUCCUGAUAAUAGAUUUUCACAUGGACCCAAAAAUAAAUACCCUCAAAAAAAUUACUAUAAUUAUAAUAGACAAUUUUUCGAAAAAAAAGAAUAUGAUUAUCAUCAUCAAUAUCCAAAUAAAACUUAUAAAAAUAAUUAUUAUCAAAGAGAUAGAAAUGAUUCAAAAUAUUUUUAUGAUUACAAAAAAAAUAAUAAUAAUUCAUAUUAUUAUAAUACAGAAAGAGCAAGAGAACGUCAUUUUUCUCGUUCUUUAUCUAAUCGUGAAACAUAUAAAGAUGACGAUAAAUUUUAUAAUACUUAUAAAAAUGAUAGAUAUUAUGAGUCUAAACCCCAAUAUAAAUUUGAUUCAAAAAAAAGGAGACGAGAUAAAAGUGAAAUAGAAAAUGAAAAUAGAAAAACUUAUCGAAAAAAUGAAAGAUCAAAUUCGUAUAAUUCAAACCAAAAUGAUAAUGAAUCCUAUAAAGGGAAUAAUCAUUAUAUUCGUGAUAGAGAAGGGGACAAAUUUAGCGAUAGGGGUUCGGUAUAUGAAAAAAAAGAAAAGUAUGAAGCCGCAAAUAUAGAGCGUGAUGACCAAUUAAAUAGAGAUAAACAAGAAGAGCGCGAUGAUUCUACACAUAAUGAUAAAAAUAAAAAAAAUAGUGACAAGUUUAAUGAAUCAGGAAGAGAAGAAAGUAAUCACAGUAGUUACAAUCAGGAUCAUAGCAAGAAAGACAAUAAUUAUAUUGAUAAAGAACAUAAUGAUGAACGAAAUUCGAUACAUAAAGAGUCUAGCAUAUGUGAUGAAGAAAAAGAUUUUGAAAAUUAUAAGAAAUAUAAUAACCAUGCUAGUGAUAAAGGUAGUAUCAAAGGAAGUAAUGAAAGUUAUGGAGAACAUGAUCGUGAUGAACAUGAAUAUUAUAGUGAUGGUUCAGAUUAUACACAUGAAAAUAAAAAAAAUAUAGAAUAUGUCUAUAUAAAAAGUGAAGUCAAAAUAAAUUUAGAUGAUGAUGCAGAUUUAACAAAUUGGGUUGACUUUGAUGAGAGUGAUAAAAAUAAUGAAAGCGAUUGUAUUCAUAUAAAAUUUCGAGACUUUUCAUUGAGAAGUUAUGUUAAUUCAUAUAAAAUAUUUCAUCGUGAUGAAUAUGAAGGUAAUAAGUACAUAAGUGAUAAAGAUAUAAACGAUGAAAAUAAAAAUGGAUAUAAUAAAAAAUAUAGUGAUACCCAUAUUCCAUACGAUUCAAAAAGAUCUAUUGACGAAAAUAACAAUGAUGAUGAGCAUACAAACUUAGGAAUAAGGGGUAUGGAAAAUAAAAAAAGAAAAAUUGAGGAAAGCUAUAGGGGAGAAAAUAUACCUAACCAUAUGCAACAUAAUUAUAGAAAGGAUUCAUAUUAUACUGAAAAUGGUAUGCAAUAUGAAAAAAAAAAAAAAAUUUAUGAAUAUGAAGAUAGAACUCGCUAUAAAUGGGAUAAUAAAUAUGAAUAUGAAAAUGGUAGGAAAAAUUAUGAUGAUAAUGAAAAAGGAAACAGACGUGGUAGUAGCAAUGAAGGAUCUCGAUAUUCUUCUACAAAUAGAUACGAAAAUAAGAGGGAUUAUUCUAAAUAUUAUAAUAAUAAUCGGUACCCUAAUGAUAAUAAUCAUAUGCGACGUGAUAAUUCAAUAAACUUCGAACCCAAUACAAAGAUUAAAAAAUAUAGUAGUAUAAACAAUGAUGAAUCACAUUAUACUUAUUACAACAAACAUGAUGGUUAUGAUAAAAAUAAUAAAUAUUAUUCACGAAAAUAUGAAAGAAAUCAUGAAUAUAGAUAUUCUCAAGAUCGAUAUAAACAUUCCCAAAAUGAUAAUAAUGAGAUAGAAGAAUGGCGAGGAAGAAAUUAUAAUGCUAAAAAAAACGACCUACCCACCGAGCAAAGUGACGAAGGAGAUUAUUUUGAUUUAAAAAACGGAACAAAACAUUAUGGUUCUAAUCAUAGUGACAUAAUAAAUGAAGAAAAAUAUGAACAUUCUGAUUUGGAAAGUAUACCAGAUAAAAUAAUUAACAUAAUAAAUGAUAUGAACAAUUCAUACGAAAUAAAAGGCAGUGUUGAUUUAUUAAAUUUAAAUGGAAUAAAAUCAUUUCAAAUGCCUAAAGAUUUUAACCCAAUUAAUGAAAUUAAUAGUACUCACAAAUUUUUAGAAUUUUUAAGAAAAAAACAACAAGCAAAAAAAAAAUGGAAAACUAUUGCAAAAAAUAUCGUGCAAGAAGAAUUCCAAAUUAUAUUUAAUUCAAUAAAUUACGAAGUUAACGAAGCGAAAAUUAAACAUUUAAGUAGUUCGCUCGCAACUAUAUAG